AGCCAUCCAGCGAGGGAGGAGUGUAUAACAUUCUUGCUGACCCACCGGGGCCGGAGGAGGAGGAGGAGGACGAAGAUGAGGACGAAGAUGAGGAGCAACGAGCCAGGAGGGAGGUGUUUGAGUUUGAGCUGUCUGACCGGCCACUGCUCCCCUGCUACAACAUCCAGGUGUCACUGUCCCAGGGUCCCAGGAACUGGCUCCUCCUCUCCGACGUCCUGGGUCGACUUCGGAUGACUUCUCGGUCUUUCCGGCGCCUCUUCCCGCAGCUGAACGUGCAGUCGAUGCCUGAAGAUGAGUUCUACCGGCAGGCGUCCCUGUCGCAGCUCUUGACGGGUCCCGAUGAGCAGGAGCUGGCCUCCUUCAGACCAGAUGUCAAGGACCCCCUGGAGCUGGUGGAAGCCACCCCCGAGCUGGCCGGCAUGCUCGGCUCUUCCCUGGAGUUUGUGGACACUCGUUGGGACUCGCUGGAAGCUUCGCCACCUCCAACACCACCACCACAAAGACUGUCGCUAAGACUGCCACAACGUAUUCCACCAUUAUUACCACCACAGCAACAGGGGGCGACAGACCCUGGUGCUAAAGUGGACAAUGCCUUACAAAGCAGGAGUGCAGAGUCUGGACAAUUCCAAGGACUUAAGAAUCUGGGAUAUUCUACACUGGCAGCUAAAAUGGAAACCAAACUGGAUGCUAGCAUGUGGGAACCACAACAGCUAGAAGGUAAAAACGCUGUUGUUCCUAUUCCUGCAAAACCAAACAUGACAACGGUUGCUAACACGUGGGAACCACAAAGACAACAAAGGAAGAACACUUGGAUGUCUAAUACUGCUAAUACGGAUGCUAAAAUGGACUCUCUCAUUUGGGAACAGCAGCAACAAGGACAUAAAUCCACCAGGAACACUCCUGCAAAGUCCGACGUGGCAGCGAGCAUUUGGGAACCACAGCGACUGCGAAGUAGGAGCACUGCUAAUCCUGCUAAUGGCACAGUGGGUGCUAACGCGUGGGAACGGCAGGGAGUAAAGAGAGCGGGUGGCAGCAGCACACCACCCGACACAGAGGCCAGUUCCUGCGACAGCACAGGACACGGAGCUAAGACCAUCAAGAUGGACGCCGCCUGGCAAAGGAACUUCAACGUCAGAGUCCACAUCCGGGAUCUUGGAAUGAAAGUGGCGGGAACCAUCCGGGGGGACGUAAAGAAAGAGCGUGGGAAGGGCGCCGGGAAGGUCGCCAAGGUCAAAACGAGGUCGUGACAACAUAAAGUAACAGAUUGAAAAACCAAGGAACGUAAAUAAAUGAGUAAACAGAACGUCGUCUGUAGAGACGCUAACAGUAUCGUGUGCGCUCUAUGUUUACUGUAAAUAUCUGUAUUUACGGAUAUUCUCUGUUGGUGAAGUUGUUCUUUGUAAAUGUUCUGGUGUAAAUACGACGCAGUUUCUGUUCACGUGGAGGUUGUUUGUUAUCUUUGUCUGUAAUUUUGUAUUCAGCAUCCUGUUGGCUUUCGUCACCAAAAUAUUUAUUGUCCAAUAAAU